UGUAAACAAAACACAAUACGCUAGUGCCGAAGCUCGCUCGUGAUCAGUCUGUCUCUUUCACGCUACAGGCAAAUAAUACCCCUUCUGCUUUCUUCCGUUCCUUUUUUUUCAUAUACCGCUCCCCUAACCGACUUAGUGACGAAACGGCCUCACCUUAGAAUAUACUUCUAGGCGCCUUGGAUCACACCAAGUUCCAGAAUGUAAACAAUCAUAUCAACGAUAAUAACGCAUGUGAUAACAUUGAUACACCGCUCUUUUCUGAAAGGACAUAUUUCAGAAUGUUAAAACAUAUUUCAAACAGACUAAGAUUCAACAAUUAUAUUUUGAGAAAUACAGUAUCACGAUUUAUUUACCGUCUCUCUAUGGUCAAAAAUGUUUCUUGUGGCAAGCAUAAAGAAGAAGAUAAAAUUCAAAUUAAGGGUUGGGUUAAAUCGGUUCGUAAAAUGAAGGAAACUGUCUUCCUAGAUUUGAAUGAUGGCACUUGUCCAAAUAAUCUUCAGCUGGUAACGGAUAAGACUCAAUCGCGUGAGAUUGCUUACGGGUCAUCCAUUGAUGCCAGUGGAACGCUUGCACGUACAUCCAAAAAUCAUCUGGAGCUCAAAGUUGAGCUCAUUCGAGAAAUAGGCAAGUGUCCUCUCUCUGAGGGGUAUCCAUUCUAUCCAAAAAAGUCAUAUCAACCGGAAUACAUCCGUAGUCAUCUGAAUUUGCGUUCUCAGGUUAGCUCAAUCAGUUCAACUCUGCGAGUACGACAUAAGGCUACUAAAUGCUUCAACGACUAUCUCGAUCGUGAAGGAUUUUUUCAGAUUCACACUCCGAUAAUUACCUCCAAUGAUUGCGAAGGAGCGGGCGAAGCAUUCUUAGUGAAGCCAGCUAACGAACAAGUAUUGAAGCAAAUGACGAAAAGGAGCGUUCCUUCGAGCCAAGAGUAUUUCGAUCGUCAAGCUUAUCUCACCGUUUCCGGUCAGCUUCACUUGGAAUCAACGAGCCUCGGGUUGAGUAAGGUUUACACCUUUGGACCCACGUUUCGAGCGGAAAAUUCCAAAUCCCCGAUUCACUUGAGUGAGUUCUACAUGCUAGAACUUGAAGAGGCAUUUAUGGAUACGCUGGAUGCACUGGCGUAUCGAACUGAAUCUAUGAUCAAAUUCGUGACUAAAUCGUUGCUCGAGGUUGGCUGCGAUGAUAUCGCUGCUGUGAGGCACUUAACCGACCCGUCCAGUAUUGAGGACAGCUUCAGUUGGAUUGACAAACCCUUCCCAAGGCUCAGUUUCAAUGAAGCGAUACAAAUUUUAGAACGAAAUAAAUCCAAAUUGAAGUCAGUUGUACGACCAGAAGAAGGUCUGAAUAAGGAACAGGAAUUAUUUCUUGUCAACCACUGUCAAGGUCCGUUGUUCGUUGUGAAUUGGCCAAAGAGUAUCAAAUCGUUCUAUAUGCGAGAAAACAUACAUAAUUCGGAUCUGGUGGAUGCCUUAGAUUUGCUUGUUCCCCGAGUAGGAGAGCUUGUGGGAGGGAGCGUUCGCGAAAACGACUACGAAAAGUUGAAGGCAAAGCUGCCCGAUCAGGAGGCCCUUCGAUGGUAUCUUGAUUUGAGACGAUUUGGGUCAGUUACGACUGCCGGCUUUGGACUAGGAUUCGAACGAUAUCUCUGUUGGGUGCUUAGUGUGCAUAACGUGAGGGACGUCAUACCAUUUCCUCGGUGGGCGCAUAAUUGUGAUAUGUGAAUGGUGUGAAUAAAAUGCAACAUAUAAUUGUUUGUUUUUCUGAGCUCCGAAUAACUUCCUGGAUAGCUCCCUGGAGCAGCUAUACUCAACCUGCGGCCCGGAGGACUUAUCUGGUUGACCCAUCUGGUGUUACUUUAUUUUUAUAAAAUUUGUGUGUCUUACAAUAACGAAAACCAUAGAAUUUAUUACCUUUUUUUGUGACGUAAGACUACGUCUUUCAGUAAUGGUGCCAAAUAAGGAAAUAGAGCAUGUUUCUUAUGAAAUAGAAAUAGCAAAUCCAGCGUUCGUUCUACGGACAAUGUGAAUAUAGAAAAAUUAAUGCAAUUUAGGCUCCGCCCGUUUUCACUUUAUUGAGUACAGUAGAACCUCGAUUAUCGGCGAGCUCUUUUUGCGUUGGUCACGGCUUUCACGUGAUCUGAUCACUGGUGAAUACGACCUUACAGAUGGAUAGUUUCAUUAUUUCUGUAUUGAUGAAACAUGGUUUUCAUGCUAAAAUAUGUUUUUUUUCGUAUUUGCGCCUCAUUUUUAGCCUUUAAUUGCAUUAUUCGCGAUUUUAGCCAUGCGCGGCGACAUUGCCCGACUAUUCCGCGGGUAAUUGGAGUUCUACUGUAUAUACAAGUCAUUCGUGAAUUUACAGCAUUCCGGACUUAUCAGUUAUCUAGACGGCGGCUAGAUUUUUCAAGUAACCGAAAGUUUUGGGGUUUUGUGUUCGAUUUCCGCUCUGGCCAGGGAAAUAGGACGCGUCGCGUCUUUUCAUAUCGUAAUGUGGAGAUUGAUGGAGUAUGAUUGAAUCACUCGUACGAAUUGUUGAUUUCAUGCAUUAUUAAAUAGAUAACGGUGGUGAGAGAACAAAAAUGUGGUCGCUUCGGGCGGCACUCUGUCUUGCACGAGAAAAAUAUUGCAUUGACAAUAAAGAACGAAUCAUGAAUAACCCAUCUUCAACUGCUUCUACAAAACCGCGCCAAUUUUUUGGCCAUUUUCAGGGUUACAAAUUCGACUAAAGAGUUAUUUUGAACAUAUCGAUGCAUUCUGAAAUAUUAUUUGACGUAAUCAAAAGUGAAUUGAUUUUUUAUUUAUUUUUUUUUGUUGUUGGAAGAGAAUUUAGAAAUUCGAGAAUUUUCUGAGAAUUUAGGAGCGUGUUCAGAUUUAUUGGUGUAAUGAUGAUGCUGUUUUGAGUUAUAGA